AUGAAAGUUAGUAGGACAAUAAUACUUAGAGCGAGAUGUCAAUCUCCGCAAUUGAGCUUAACUAGAUUCUACUCUCAAGCACAACAUACACAACCACAUCAAAAAGAACCAAUCUCAUCAACCCAAGCAAAUAAAUCCAUUGCGGUAAAACAAGAAUUGUAUACCACUGAUCCAACCUCUCCUGGAUCUAUAUUCUUUCUUCCUCAUGGUACAAGAAUAAUAAAUACGCUUGUCACGUUCAUGAAGAAUCAGCAAACAAGAUAUGGUUUUCAAGAGGUUAUAACUCCAUUGAUUUAUAAGACUAAAUUAUGGGAAAAAUCAGGUCAUUGGGAAAAUUAUAAAGAGGAUAUGUUUAAAGUUAUUGGAAAUGAUCCUACCAAGGAAGAACAAUGUCAUCAUGAAGAGGGUGCUCAUGAAUAUGGAUUAAAGCCUAUGAAUUGUCCUGGACAUUGUUUGAUAUUUUCAAAAUUCGAUAGAUCUUAUAAUGAAUUGCCAGUUAGAUUUUCUGAUUUUUCAUCCUUACAUAGAAAUGAAGCUAGUGGUGCCCUUUCGGGAUUAACUAGAGUUCGUAGAUUUCAUCAAGAUGAUGGACAUAUCUUUUGUGAUUUGAGUCAAAUUGAUCAAGAAAUUAAAAAUACUAUUAAUUUGAUUAAAGAUACUUAUGGAGUUUUUGGUAUUGGUGUUAAUGAUAUUGAAUUUUUCUUAUCUACUAGACCAGAAGAUAAAUUUAUGGGAGAUAUUGAAACUUGGAAUAAUGCUGAAGAACAAUUGAAACAAGUCCUUAAUUCAACCGCUGGUGAAGGGAAGUGGGAAAUUAGAGAAGGUGAUGGAGCAUUUUAUGGACCUAAAAUUGAUGUUUUAUUAACUGAUGCUUUUCAAAAGAAACAUCAAGUAGGUACAAUUCAAUUAGAUUUCCAAUUACCUGCCAGAUUUGAAUUGAAAUAUAUUGGUGAAGAUGGAGCUCGUGAUCAUCAACCUAUUCUUGUUCAUAGAGCAGUAUUUGGAUCUUUGGAAAGAUUCUUGGCUAUUUUGAUUGAUCAUUAUCAAGGUAAAUGGCCAUUCUGGAUUAAUCCAAGACAAGCUAUCAUUGUGCCCGUUAAUGAUACUCAUCAUAGUGCUGCAGAAGCAUUAAAGAAGAAACUUUCAGGUGAUAUUCUUGAUUGUGAAGGAUCAAUUUCUCCAAUUACUGGACAUAAUUUCUUUGUUGAUGUUGAUACAAGAUCAGAAACUGUUGGUAAUAGAGUCAAGGAAGCAAUUAGCAAAGGGUAUUCUUAUAUCAUCAUGCUUGGAGAUAAGGAUAUACAAAGUGGGAAAUACGCUAUUAGAAGUGCAACUUCUAGAAAAGUCACUUCUAUGACUCCAGAUGAAAUUUAUCAAAUGUUUAUAGAUUUAGAAAAGACUUUUAAAUAA